AUGAUUGGGAACACAGCAAAGCAAUCAGAGACAGAACAGAAAAGAUGUUCUUUUGAUGAAGCCGUGAAUCAUCAGGUCAAGGACUUACAUGGCGAUAUGAUAGUAGAAUUAGCUGGAUAUUUUACGCCAUCAUGUAAAAAAAAUUGGGAUGAUCUCUGUGUAUUAAUGCGAAAGCAUUUAGAUUAUGCUUCGGUAUAUGGAAAUGGCGUCACUCAUGUAGGGAUCCUCUUUGAAACAUUAAUGGCGAAAGGAAUAGUUUCAUACGGAUGUUACGACAAAGUAAUCGGAGAUAUCAAACAAAUACAUGUUGAUGCCGCGAAAAUAGUUAAGGACACUACCGACUGCAUCAGGAGCAUAACAAAAGGCCAACCAUGGACUCGUAAAGAAUUUCAGAGGAAAUCUGAGGAUGACGAACAGGAGAAAGCUACACUCCGUGCGGGACGGGAGGAAGAUAAACAGCAAAUAGCUACACUGCGCGCGGAAUUGGAGGAAUCUGAACGACAAAAAGGUAUGUAAGAACCCGAUAUGGCGAUAGAUAAAUUAACAUUGAUCCCAACAAAAUAACUACAACCGAAAAAAACAAACUUAUUCGGGCUGCAUCUUUUCCUAAAAGUUAAAAAAAAAACUAAAACCUCCACAGCAAACCUGACCCAGAAAAUACCACAGUCCCGAAAUGCAACCAUUUAGUGUUUUUUUUCCCCAAGUGAAUCUACAAUCAUCCUCGACUCCCAAAUAGGGCACUUGUCAUUCAAUUAAUUAUUUCGAUCGUUGUCAGUGGCAAAAGAUUAACUUUGUUUGUCCGACCGUUCGUCAUUCUGUUCGUCUAUUCGGGGCCAUAACUUCUGAC